AUGGUGGUAGCAAUGAUAGAAUCUGAUAAUUUUCUUUCAGUUGCCACCACUGAGCUUGCAUCUGUUGCUCUGUCGAUGAUUAACGAAGAAGAAGGUCGAUUCAAACUGGUCAUUGCUAAUGUUAAUAUGCCUGACAUGGCUUGUCUUUCAUUCCUCCGAGUGUUGAUCAAGAAGGAAAUCCCUGUCAUUUUGAUUGCCUCUGAAAGAAGUUUGAGUGCUACUAGUAAAGCCCUAGAUGAAGGGGCAUCAUUUUUUCUCGAAAAACCUAUCUCUUUCGAUGAUUUAAAGUACUUGUGGCAACAUGUAUAUAAGUCGAGAGUCAAACCUCGAAAAGGAAACCGAGAAAUGUGGAGUAAUGAAAAGAUGAUCCGAGAGGCAAGUGAUUUGCAAUACAGCACUAAUUAUCAACGCAUCAAUGUUGAUCCAAAAGGGAAGAAUAAGCAAGUCAUGGAAGCAGGUCAAGUUGAUGAAAAGAGUAAGGGGAAAAAGAGAUCGUUGUACAACUACGAAGUAGAAAAAAGAAGAGGGAAGAAAGCUAAACAAGACUCUGAACGUACAAAUUAUGAUGAUAUGAAACUUAUUAAGGAUAUAGAGAAAGAAUUAAUGAGUGACAACAUCGAGGAACUAGAGAAAGAGAUGUUUGAGAAUAAUACAAGCUCCGGCCAGAAAGAGUCUCGCCGGUUUAUCUGGACUCCGGAGCUUCAUCUCAAGUUUACUGCAGCUCUUAAGGCACUUGAGAACAGAAAGGCUCGUCCAAAACAAAUAUUGAAGCUGAUGAAUGUGCCUUAUUUGACCCAACGCCAGGUUGCCAGCCAUUUACAGAUAGCUAUUUCACUGACCAUUUCUGUAUCCUUCAAGAAAUACAAAUUAACUCAAGCUAAGCGCAAUGCUGAGAAUGGCGCCAGCACUGAUUUACCUUCAGGAAAAAGAUCACCACGCAUCCAUGGCAACAGUAAAAUAUCAGGGCAACCGCAUGAGAAGAUGAUCAAGCCAUCGGGAUGUCAGCGAGGACUUAGAAGUUGCAGCAUUGCAAUUGGUUUCGGAGGACAAUGCAGCUCAGGCAGUAUGCCUAAUUUAGGAAAAUCUCCAACGGACUUCACAAUUCCUCAGAACCAUGAAGUGAAUGCUGUCGCGAUUUCGACCCCUCCAGCUGCUGGCUCAGUCAAUCAAACCGAGGCUUCAACAGAAUUUGCUAAUCUAGCGAAGUUGCUUGAUGAAGAGGUAGAAGAAUUCACAGGUCUAGGCGAUGGAGUAAAUCCAAAUGAUGUCGAUCGAUACUAUGUAUUGCUAACAGAAGCUUUACUUGGAAACAACCAACUUCCGCCACAUUUCAACCCAGCAUGA